CGGUGCAUCACGGGAAACAAAUCAAUCAGCAGGGUAACCGAGGUUUCCAACAUGGCUGCUUUCGGAUGUCAGUAAGGGAGUUGUUUUCAACUCAGGAGCGGUUCGCUGUGUAGGCAGGCAGGAAACAAAACACACCCUGGUCCUUGUGCAGAGACAACGGCGGGGAGCACGAUGGCUCAGUGUCUUCAAUCCGUGCAGGAGUUUAUUCAGGACUCGUUCGUUCCCAUGGUGGCUGUCCUGUGCAGCGAAUAUGCGGAGAAAGUGACUCGGAAAAACAACCUGAAUUUCUCCGAGCUGGUGAGGCCUUUCUGCCGGCUCACAUCUGAAGGUCACAUGCGAGAUCCCAACAACCAGAUCCACGUGGUGAAGAACCUGAAGAUUAGCGUGUCCAAUGUGGUGACGGAGCCUCCUCACCAUGCCACCACUCGCCGGUUGCUGAAUGAGGUGGUGUUGGCCAGCCAGCCGGCCGAGGGCUUGGUGACUAACGUGAUUACGGCAGGGGAUUACGACCUCAACAUCAGCGAUGGCUCGCUUAAAGCUAGUGUUCCUUGGUACUAUAGUUGGAAAGACACACUGAUGGAACUGAGCAAAUCCAAGUUCUAUACAGCCACGACUCCCUGGUUUGAGGCUUACCGAGAGAAUUUCCUCCAGUCCAUGCCAGCCUCUGACCACGAGUUUCUCAACCACUACCUGGCCUGCAUGCUUGUGGUGACAUCGCACGAGGCCUCGCCCGUGGACCAGUUCUUCAAGCUGUCCCAGGACCAGCACCGCAUCCAGCAUGGCAGCGAGCAUGCCUACCCCAAGUGGUUCAUCCCCAACACACUGAAGUACUACGUUCUGCUGCAUGACGUCAGCGAGGGUGACGAGCAGAGGGCCGAGUCUAUCUACGAGGACAUUAAGCAGAAGUACGGGACCCAGGCGUGCUAUCUGCUGAAAAUCAACUCGCGGACGUCCACGCUCGGGCCUGACGAGCAGAUUCCGGAUCCCUGGAGUCAGUAUUUGCACAGAAAUAAUUUCCAGAACCAGGAGCUGCCUGAAGAGGGCCCCGCGGUGGUCAUGAACAAUGUGAUUGUUGAGAACAGCAUGAAUGCGUCCGAAACUGACGGGCUCCACCUUCCCGCUAAAGCUUGUACCUGUUCACUGAGUUCCAUUACAUCCCCUGGUGCUGGAAGUUUCAGCUUGUUGGGGCCACCAAGGGCAGACGAUGUUGGCAGUAUAAGCAGCGACCACCCUCUGCAGUCGGAUGACCCCAGCAAUGCCGCCACCCACCUGGACGGCAUCGAUGACAUCAAGCCUGUGGGGACGGGGCCUGAGGUCGACGUCAGGAAGCAGCCUUGUGCUGCCUCUGCCACACACGGGGCUUGCCUGACCCUUGGUGACCAUGACCGCAUCCGUCUCUUCAUCCAGGAGUUCACGUUCAGGGGCCUCCUGCCUCACAUUGAGAAGAACAUUCGGCAGCUCAAUGACCAGCGUAUGUCAAGGAAAGGCAUAAGUAGUUCCUUGAUUUCUGCCACAAAGAAGUGGUUUGGCGGUGGGAAGGUACCGGAAAAGAGCAUCAACGAGCUGAAGAACACAUCCGGGUUAUUGUACCCCCCAGAGGCACCCGAGCUUCAGAUCAGGAAGAUGGCCGACCUGUGUUUCUUGGUCCAGCACUAUGACUUGGCAUACAGCUACUAUCAUGCAGCCAAGAAGGACUUCCUGAGUGACCAGGCUAUGCUGUAUGCUGCCGGGGCCCUGGAAAUGGCUGCUGUGUCCGCCUUCCUUCAGCCCGGCGCUCCGAGACCCUACCCUGCCCACUACAUGGACACUGCCAUCCAGACCUACAGGGAUGUGUGCAAGAACAUGGUGAUGGCUGAGAGGUGUGCCCUGCUCAGUGCUGAAAUCCUGAAGAGCCAGGCCAAGUAUUCGGACGCCGCCACCCUCUUGAUCAAGUUGACGAGCGAGGACUCAGACCUGCGGAGCGCGCUGUUGCUGGAGCAAGCGGCCCACUGCUUCAUCAACAUGAGGAGCCCCAUGGUGCGCAAGUUUGCCUUCCACAUGAUCCUGGCGGGACACAGGUUCAGCAAGGCAGGCCAGAAGAGGCAUGCCCUGCGAUGCUACUGUCAGGCCAUGCAGGUGUACAAGGGCAAGGGCUGGUCUCUGGCCGAGGACCACAUCAAUUUCACCAUCGGACGGCAGUCUUUCACGCUGCACCAGCCCGAGAAUGCCGUGGCAGCCUUUCGGCACAUUCUGAUCAACGACAGCAAGCAGGCCGCCUCGCAGCAGGGCGCCUUCCUCAGGGAGUACCUCUACGUCUACAAGAACGUGAGCCAGGCGUCCACAGAAGGGGCCCUCCCCCAGCUCCCCCUGCCCUGCAUCCACAGCUUCGCCACCAGGGUCUUCUUCGGCCAUGACCGGAGGCUGGCCGAGGGAGAAAAGCAGGCUGCAAGCCAUGUCAGCCUGGACCAGGAGUACGACCGCGAGCUGUCCCAGCAGUGGCGGGAACUGGAGGAGCAGGUGGUGGCCAUAGUGAACCGGGGUGUGCUGCCUGCAGCCUUCCAGCCCACGCAGUACUGCCUGAGCAACCAGACGGACAACAUGCGCUUCCCCUUGGCUGUGGUAGAAGAACCCAUCAUCGUCGAGGUGGUCUUCAGAAAUCCCUUGAAGGUCCCCCUCAUCCUCACUGGGCUCUCCCUGCUCUGGAAGUUCUCCCCCAAGGACCCUGGGCAGCAGCGGGGUGGUGAAACCGAUGAAGUCGUGAGCAACGAGAGAGAAGUGCAGGCAUCUCAAGGGGGUUUAAUUACCACUGAAGUAAUAUCAGAGUUUUACAUGAGCCCAGAAGAAAAGAAAGUGGCUCGUCUCAAACUGCUACCACACCAGACCGGAGAGCUGCACAUCCGGGGGGUGGUUUACAACCUGGGUGCGGCGCCCCCUCCUGGUGAUGUCCUGAACAGCACUGUAGGGACACGGGUGGAAGGAAGCGUCUUCAGCGAUGGCCUGUUCGUACGUGGUCAUCAGGACCUGGAGAUCCAGGGUCCACGACUGAACAGCACCAAGGAAGAGAAGACAUCAGUGCGUCAUGGUCCGGACAGGCGGCUGGAUCCCAUCAUUACACCCCCCAUGCCACUGCUGGAAGUCUUCUUUAUCAACUUCCCCACGGGCCUGCUCUGCGGGGAGAUCCGGAAGGCGUAUGUCGAGUUCGUCAAUGUGAGCAAGGUGGCCCUGAAAGGCCUGCGCGUGGUGUCCAAGCACCCGGAGUUCUUCACCUUCGGCAGCCAUGCGGCCGCACUCACGCCACUCAGCCCUGGCGCCUCCGAGAACUGCAGCGCCUACAAGACCGUGGCCACGGGCCGCGCCUCCGCCUCCUCCACGCUGGUUGCGCCUGCAGACUUCGGCACCGGGGCCGACGGCUCUAGGCCCGGCGUAGUGGAGAUCCCACUGCCAGAUUCCGCACUCCAGCCCGGCGCCUCCGUCCAGCUGCCCAUGUGGCUGCGGGGGCCGGACCACGAGGGCGUGCAUGAGAUCAACUUCCUGUUCUACUACGAGAGUGCUGAGAAGAAGGUGUCCAAGAUGAGCCACCGCGUUCUGCGCCACACAGCUAUCAUCUGCGCCAGCCGCUCGCUCAGUGUGCGAGCCACAGCGUGUCGGAGCAACACUCUGCCAGAGAACAGCGAGGACCGGAACAGCGGCAUGCUGGUCUUCGUGGAUGUGGAGAACAUCAACACUAACGAAGCUGGGGUGCGGGAGUUCCACAUAGUUCAGGUGUCCAGCAGCAGUCAGCACUGGAAGCUUCACAGCUGCAUAAAUUCCGUCGAAGACAAAGAUUCCAAACUGACAAGCAGGGAACGGGGGAAGCUGUGCUUCCGGGCCACAAAGUGCAGGAACGCGGAAGCUACCUCAGUUGCAGUGGGGAAGUACACGUUUGCUGACAUCAACCUGGGGAAUGAACAGAUAAUUAGUGCUACCACACCGUGCGCCGACUUCUUCUUCCGGCGACGGCACCCCCCGGAGUCCAAGAAGCCUCCAAUGUUGGGGAGCGCGGGGUUCGCUCCCCCUGCUGGCCACUCGGCUGCGGAGCACCUGAGCAAUGUGGUGUGCCGGUGCAGCGAGGUGGACCUCAACAUCAUUGUCCUCUGGAAGGCAUACGUGGUGGAGGAUAAUAAGCAGCUCAUCCUUGAAGGGCAACUUCACGUCGCCCUGCAAACCAUUGGGAGGGAAGCGUGCUCCCUGACACAGAAGGAGGAAGCUGAGGAGAUGGUUCUGCUGAAGUUCAAGCCAGACGUUCCCCCUCCGUUAGCCAAGCCAUCUGUGGAGCAGCUGUCCCAACUGAUAAAGACAAACCUCCACUACCCAGAGUCCUACGACCACCCAUUCCCACAGAAAAGCCUCUGCAUGGUACCUGUGACGCUCAUGCUCUCUAACUGCUCAUUGGCUGAAGUCGACGUCAUCAUAGACCUUCGGCACAAAGCCACCAGCCCAGAGACCCUGGAGGUCCAUGGGUCCUUCACGUGGCUGGGCCAGACCCAGUACAAGCUGCCUCUGCGGGCCCAAGAGGUCCGCAAGCUGCGCCUGACGGCCUGCUUCAUCCACGCCGGCGUCUACAACCUGGGCACGCCACGCGUCUUUGCCAAGCUCGCCGAGCAGGGCUCCAUGUGCGAAGCCAGCCAGCAGAGUGCCACACCGGCGCUCAUCAUCAUUAACGGCGUCUGAGCCUGACCCCCCACCCACCCCCGACCGACACGCACACGCUGGACCCUGGAGAACCGAGAUUCUUUUGUACAAACCCCCGCCGACUCGUGUGCUUGUGAAGAUGGCAGUCACAUGAUGUUAAAUAAACAUAGCUGUUUUAUGUUCUGACAGAGCAUUGCGGACUUUUAAGAGUAACACAAUAUGGACUUCAUUGCCAUCGCCUCUACCUUACAGCUUGUCGCCCACCCCCAUGCACCCCCCUUUUGCCUUUUCUAUGAAAUACAAAUAAAGAUGGAGGGAGGCCUACAGAAACUCCUUAAACUGUCUUCCUCAAGUUGAUAAUUGGGGAGGUUUCCUGUUUGCUUUACAGUUACAGUUGAAGGGUAGUCUUUUUGUUUCCCUCUGCCUAAACAAUGUGAAAUAUCAUCUAGAAACUGAGCAGUCUGGACCUGAUCACACGACAGCUUAGUUAGUUGUCUUUCGGUUUGUUGUAUUGUUGAAUUUGAGGCAUGGAUUUUUUUUUUUUUUUUUUUUUUUUUUUUUUUAAAAGAUGUU